GUGCAAAUAAUAGGAUUUAUGAUGAAAGGGAAAAUAAUAAGCAUGAAGAUAGUAAAAAUGAGGAUAAAGAAAAAAAUAAUUUAUUAGUACUACGUAAAGAAAUGAAGUUUAUUGUUAACUCUGAUGACUACACCAUAACAAGAUGGCGAACAUAUGAAUGUUCACAUGCUCAGAUACAUGAACCUGAAAAGGCUAUUCUGGCAGAAGAUAGAAGAGACAGAGAUUCUGAAAUGAUUGAUUGUCCUUGGCACAUUAAUUUGGCAUUCUCUAAAACAGAGAAAGAAGUUCAUAUUAACAGUAUUUUAGAUAAACUCAACAGAACUUCACAGCUAACAGAUGUUGUUGGAGAGAUUCAAACAAUAUUUAAUCAACAAUCAAAAAAGGCAAUAUUAGCUAAGUGCAAAAAUAAAAUACCAAUAAAAGAUCAAAUGGCCCAGUCAAUAUGCUAUGACACUGUAUUAGUUGAGAAUUGGUUAGCACUUCUAGAGUCACAUAGUCCUAAACAAAGAUAUGGAUUUGGUAUAGGAUAUGUGAAAAAGAUACUUGACUUGGCUAUUCGUGCUAAUAAAGUUGAUGAUUUUGUUAAUAAAAUUGAAUGUUUUAUUGAAAAAACUAAGAGGGAUAUGUUUGAUCAAAACAAAAAUGUCAAUCUGACAAAUGUUGAAGAUGUUAGUGUUAGAGAUCUGCUACGGGUACAACACAAAGGUCGACAACCUAAAAGAUACAAGUCUGGUGAUAAAUUACUGAAAAAGAUAACUGGAAAUAAAAAGGGAGAAAG